AUGGCCACAACGUUUUCUCUCUCUAGCUCGUCCAUCAUCCACCUCUGCACAAAACCCACUUCAACAGUAGGCCUCAGGUUCAAAACCAGAGCAUCUCUGUCGACCUCUUCUUCAUCCAUGGCGGCGGCCGCGGCGGAGAAGGUUGUCCCCGCCGUCAUAGUCGGUGGGGGUCGGGUCGGAAAAGCCCUGCAGGACAUGGGCGGCGUAGAUGAUGUCCUGGUUAGGAGAGGGGAGCCGGUGCCCCCCGAUUUCACGGGCCCCAUUUUGGUCUGCACACGAAACGACGAUUUGGACGCUGUUCUUGAUUCGACGCCUAAAUCUCGGUGGAGCGCAGAUUUGGUGUUUUUCCAGAACGGGAUGCUGGAGCCGUGGUUUGAGAGUAAAGGUCUAGGUGAAGCCGAUCAAGUAUUAGCUUACUUUGCUGUGUCCAAGCUCGGUGAACCUCCCAUUGACGGGAUUACAGACACUAAUCCCGAAGGUUUAACGGCUGCUUAUGGAAAGUGGGCAACUGCAGUUGCUGGAAGAUUGCGUGCUGGGGGCCUGUCUUGUAAGGUGCUUGAAAAGGAUGCAUUUCAGAAGCAAAUGCUAGAGAAGCUUAUAUGGAUUUGUGCUUUCAUGCUGGUUGGGGCCCGCCAUCCUGGUGCAACUGUUGGUGUUGUCGAGAAGGAAUACCGUUCUGAGGUAGACAACUUACUUAUUUUGGCAACUCUGAAACUUAAAGAUUUCUAUUUUUUUUAUGGUUGA